AUGGUAAUGAACCGAUUCGACGAUAACCACUUGCUCUGUUUGAAUCGAGUUCAUGUUAUGGAGACUCAAUUACGAGCAGAUCAGAAAAAUGCCGAGCUACAGAGCAGAUACAAAACUACUUUUGCACACCUCUCACCAUGGAGUGAUGACGAAGCACCUGAAGAAGAAGACAGUGACAUGUCGGAUGAAGAUUAUAGUGAUGAUAAAGAAGACAAUGUGGAACUGGAGGAAACACCAUGUAGCUCUUCACAACGUCCAUUCUUUUUUGACGGACUAGAGUUUUACCUUGCAAUGAGUCAAGUACGCGAACAUACAGUCAGGUCCGUGCUAGCGCUUGGGAUAGCAAAGACACUGUCAACAUUGCGAGAUGAGAAACAAAACGAGUCCAUUGCUACAAUUGAGCAGCAUUAUCCUGAUAUUACGUGUCUCUCAACAAACAUGAUGACGACAAUUACGACUACUACUACCGUCCAACAGCACAGCGAGAUUGAAACAACAACGUCUGCUCCAAAAAUGACCUUAUUAGCGGCGUUACGACUUUCAUCGUCAGUGUCUGCUAUGAUACAAGAUGAAUCGUUGAUAAAACAUUCUGUAACAACAUCUUGUGGUGCAGUAGAGUGCAAAGAAUGCCGUGCACACAAAAACAACAAAAGUGAAAAAAACCAAUUGGACACAUGGAAUGAUGGUCAUACGGCCAUUAUAACGGAAAGUAUACCGAUUAUAAUAGAAGCUCAUACUGUAUCUGAUGCACAAGGUGCGUCUCUAUCGGAGCAUAAUGCUGCAUGUUUGACCCAACAACACCAGCAGAAACGUGUCGAAUAUAGCAUGAAAAUACGUGAACAAUGUGUUGAAUUGUAUGCUCAAGGCCAAGGAUAUCGACAGCUUGGGAAAGCAUUGAAUAUGCCACAUACAAGUGUGCGUGCUAUUGUGGACAAAGCUCAACGCACAGGCACAGUAACGUCUGGAAAACGCACAGGACGACCACGAAAGACCAAUGGGAUUGUGGAUCAAGUGAUUCAACAAGCAGUCAAGACGAAUGAAAAGAGCUCAGCAUGUAUGAUUCAGAACGAGCUAGUGACAGGCUAUGGACUGCGUGUCUCGUGUGAGACGAUUCGUCGUCGUGUGAAGGACCAGAGUCGUCAAUAUGUAUCAGGAACACGUUCCGGAGGAGCAAUUGUUGAGGAAGAGAGAUUGCGUGCAAUGGCAAGGAUGAUGAUGCUAGACGGAGAGUCACUAGCAGCUACAAAUUUGAUGACAUUUGAGAAUGAGGUCGAGGAACAAACUUCCAUCUAA